AUGUCUUCCCCGAAAUCCCGUGCUCAGUCUUCCUCUAUUCCAAUUCUUCCCGACUACAUUACUGGGGCUGGGAUUGAUAAGCAUGCGAUAGAGGUUAGGAGCAAGCUCCAUCCUUUUGCCCAGAAAAACCUAGAUGAAAACGUCCUUCAUCUGUUCGAAAACACCUUGGUGCUGGGGCCUCACUGGUUUGGCCCCGUUCCUCCCGAGAUGGCGGAGCUGAUGAAGAAGGAUGCUGAGGCCCCUCUAUGCUUCGAGAGCUCCUCUGCUCUGGCUUCUCAUUCUUGGGUUAGUAAGAAUUUGAGUCGUUCGUUCCCAUCCAGUGAAGUGAGAAACAGUCCAGUCAAGUGGGCUGAUUGGAUUGACAGACUUCUUCCUCGAUUUGGGGCUCACUGGAAGCGGGCUGGAAUUUAUGACGCCAUACUCCUAUCCAAGCAAUCUAUCAACAGGGAUGAGAACCUGCUUGCUGCUGCUCUGUGUUUCUGGAAUUCUGCCAGUAACACCUUCGAUUUUCGUAUAGGCCCCAUGGCUCCAACUCUGCUGGAUAUGGCUCAGAUUUUUGGCUUCAGGCCUCAUGGGAGGCCUGUUGAUGCUGUUGGUGACUAUCACAGGAAGAAGGACCAGCAGAAGCUAGCCAAGCCAUUCACUAUUUCCCCAGCCCUGAUCAACCAGAAUUGCUCCUUUUCCAAUUAUCUCAGGAAAUUUAGUGCUGAGAAGGACAAAGAUCAGCAGCAUAUGUUGUUCCUCCUGUAUUGGCUGAACAGGUUUGUUCUGCCCAAUCGCUCUUCUGCAGUUCUGCUUGAGUACAGACAUUUGGCAGAGGCUCUGCAUAAUCAUACUGAUGUUGGACUCGGGCCUACAGUUCUGGCCCAUCUAUUCAAGAACCUGCAUACCGCCACCCUGGAGUAUCCGCUAAAUCUAUCUGCUCCUGGUGCCUUCUAG